CUGGCCAUGGCGGCCUUGCGAAGCUCCGGGAGGGCUUUUCUCCCUCCGCUCUGCCGUGCCUUCGCUGGCCCCGGCUGUCAGCUCGCCCCUGAGCGCGGCGCGGAGCGCAGGGAUGCGGCGUCCGGCCGGGUCUCAGGAUUCUGCCCUCCAAGAAAAUCUUGCCAUGAUUGGAUAGGACCCCCAGAUAAACAUUCAAACCUUCGACCUGUUUACUUUUACGUCCCCGAAAAUGAAUCACCGUUGGAACAAAAGCUAAGACAAUUAAGACAAGAAACACAAGAAUGGAACAAACAGUUCUGGGCAAACCAGAAUUUGACAUUCCGUAAGGAAAAAGAAGAAUUUAUUCACUCAAGACUAAAAGCUAAAGGCCUGGAACUGGGAGCUGGAUCAGGUCAAAAAGCAACAUUAGAUGCAGAAGAAAUGGCUGACUUUUACAAGGAAUUUUUAAGUAAAAAUUUUCUGAAGCACAUGUAUUAUAACAGAGACUGGUACAAGCGUAAUUUUGCCAUCACCUUCGUCAUGGGAAAAGUGGCCCUGGAGAGAGUUUGGAGCAAGCUUAGACCAAAACCAAAGACCAGCACCUAGGAGCCCACCCUGACCCGCCCACCGCCGCUGUCGGAGUUUCCUGGGAGUUUUCUGGGAGAAGCGGCUGCUCUGGGAAUCCAUUUUACAAGGGUUCUAAAAACCUGUAAGUGAACUGAGUCCCACGCCUACUUUAUGGGGGCCCCUUGGCUUAUGUCAGCACAGGGUGGACUGGGAGAGUGGGGGCCCUGGUGAGCUGUGGGCCAUGUGACUCUGUCCUGACUGGGGAUUCCAAGCUGGCCCUGGGUCAUGGACAUGAUGUUAAAUAAAACCCAAGCACUGUGAAA